AUGGAAGCACAGGGUCUGCUUGUCAUAUGGGGAUCUGUUGACCCUACAACAGUAGACGAAGGCGCUCUGAACGACUGGUGGACCAACGAGCAUCUCCCUGAGCGCCUGCGCCUCCCAGGAUUCCAGCGAGCGCGUCGCUACCGCGCGCUCAACCCUGAAAAUGGGCACAACGAAUAUCUUGCCGUGUACCAACUGUCCAAUGUGCAAGACCUGGCAUCAGCAGAGUAUCUGCACGCGCUCAAUCAUCCCACGCAAAAGACGAUGCAGUUUAUGCCGUCGCUGGCACAGAUGAGUCGGUUUGCUUGCGAGAUCGUUUCGUCCGAAAGUGCAUCCGUUUUGACAUCGAACCAGCCGGUUGAAACACACAACAUGCUGUAUAUGGUAGUCUACGAAGUUGAUGUUGCACAGCAAGACCACAACCCAUUGCUGUCAAUCCAGGAGCAUAUUGGCCGGGCGCGAGACGCUGCAUUGGCAAAGACGAUGCAUGUUCACCUGGCUAAAGGCAAUCAAGAGCUUACCGAGAUUGGUAGUGCCAGCAAGUCUUACGAAGGCGUGCAUUUCAAAUCCUCUCAAGUCGUUGGCGAGACUGAAACACUGGCGGCUGACACGGUUAUUGCUUUGUACGAACUCAGCCACAAUCCGACUGACAGCUCGAUAGCCGAGGGCGACAUUGUCAGCAAACACCUUGGCGACACUUCAAGCCUACGGGGGGUUCGUAUCAGGCAUACCAAUAUCUAUCGUCGCAUCGCUUCCCUUGAUAGAUCUUCUCUUGCGCAUUGA